UCGGUCUCACAGCAUCAGCGCCUGACACACGGAGAAAACAUGGCAAACGCCUACCUGCAAGGAGUAGAGAUCUCAGCCUCUCAGUUCCUGGAUAUAUUCCAUCAUUAUGACAACGAUGGUAAUGGAUAUAUCGAGGGGAAGGAGUUGCAGAAUUUUAUCAAAGAACUUCAACAAGCUCGAAAACAAGCAGGACUGGAACUAACAGACAAAAUGAAGGCCUUUGUGGAGAAAUAUGAGCAAAAUGCUGAUGGAAAAAUAGGUAUCGUUGAGCUGGUUCAAAUACUACCAACAGAGGAAAACUUCUUGCUAUUUUUCAGACAACAGCUGAAAUCCUGUGCAGAAUUUAUGGAGGCUUGGAGAACUUAUGAUGCUGAUCACAGUGGAUACAUAGAAGCUGACGAACUUAAGAAUUUUUUGAAAGACCUGCUUCAGAGGGCUAAAAAACCAUAUGAUGAGAAGAAAUUAGAGGAGUACACAUUGACUACGCUGAACAUUUUUGAUUCAAAUAAGGAUGGAAAAUUAUGUCUGUCAGAAAUGGCACGGCUGUUACCGGACCAGGAGAACUUUCUACUCAAAUUUCAGGGGGUAAAAAUGGCCAGAAAAGAGUUCAACAAGAUUUUUGAGUUAUACGAUCAGGACAGGAAUGGUUACAUGGACGAGAAUGAGCUUGACGCCCUCCUCAAAGACCUUUGUGAGAAAAACAAGAAGGUUCUAGAAGUCAGCAAAAUCCCGAUGUACAAGAGCGCAAUCAUGGCUCUGUCUGAUGGCGGCAAGCUCUACAGAACAGAGUUAGCACUGGUGUUGUGCGCAGAGGAGAUGUGAACGCCUCCGUCUGUACUCACACCAUCCCAGAACCCCGUCCUCAGCUCACCUGUGAUGCGUAAAGUAGCUAGAACCCUCUUACGUUCUUUUAUUUCGAACAUUGAUUUCACAUAGACAGGCAACCCAGUGGCACAUACUUUUCAAUUUGUUGUUUCUAUACUGUUUCUAAGUGUACAGAUUUUUUAAACAAUGGCACACAUACAAUACUUACAACCUACACUGCAUACAUAAACAACAUUUCCCUUAGCAAAAGAGACCCAACAUGCUAACAAAUCCCCAUCCUGAUUCAAUAUUCAAAAUAUUCACCAAUUCACACCAAUUCAGUAAGUAUAAUAAAUCUUACUGACUUACAAUAUCUUAGACAAAAGCAAUAAUGUCCUCAAGGAAUGAUGAUGAAACACGGCCUGUCGGUGGGAUCUAUGUAAAACUCCAAAAGGCUGCAUUUACUUUUGCGAUGCAUGUUUGUAACAAGACGGCAGGCCCUGCUAGUGGGGUAUGUUUGACUGCAAGCACAUGCCGAAUGUAAUGCAUCGCCCCAGUCCUGUCUCUAAUGUUAGAUUUUGCACUGUAAAGAAUAACAUGCUACUCUAUGCUAAACACCACAGACACUGUGUAAGAAAACAUUAAACUUAUUGAAUGACUACCUGCAUCCAGUUGUGUGUCAUAGAUCCUUUAGUCUGUAAAAAUCAGCCUAAUUUUAAUUCCAAAUAUGUACGGUUGUAACGGUUGAAGCAUUCUUCUAAAUACCUUCUUUUGUGUGCUGCAGAAGAAAGUCAGUUGGGUUUGGAACAAUACAAGUAAUUGAUGAAGAUCUGAAGAAGUUGUGUGAUUUGGUGCAACAUAAUCACAAAAUGAAAAUGUUAGUUUGCUCAGUAAUUAAAAUCAUCCUCAAAAUAAAUGCCUGGUUUUGAAAAUGUAUAUGAACAUAAAGCUGGGGUUGGAGAGUUCUAGCAAAAAACACAAAGCAACUCUCAGUAGAGUUCUCCUUCCCAUUUAAAGUUUCAACAGAUCAUGAUCUUAUCUUCUAAUUGAACAGUUGACCUUCCCAAAGCAGACACCCUAAGACAUAAAACUUGCGUCAUUGCAAACAAACAGAAACAAUGUGU